AUGGCCUCUGUCAAGCCUGGCGCAAGCUGGAAGAAGACCAACUAUCCCAACAUCAAGAACGCCGACUAUCCUGUCGAGGUCGCCGGAAAUGAGUCGUUCAACAACCUCCACCUCGCCGGAGUCAUCCUCGGCGCGCCCUUCAUGAUCGUCUCGCUCCUCAAGCUGCCCUUCUGGUCCUACCCCGUUCUGACCAUCGUCAUGGCCCUGCCCAUCUUUGCCGCCUACUUCGUCUACGGAUCCAAGUAUGCCCUGCCCCUCAACAACCGCGUCCAGACCCCUGGCAAGAAGGUUGAGGAUUACCUCACCAUUGUUGACCCCGCCUUCCAGAAAUACAAGGGCAAGAACAGAAUCCCCAUGGAGACCUUCUUCGAGGCCUACUUUGAUGGAAAGAUCGACAUCAACCAGGACUGCCUUGAGUUGCUCGAGAACCGCCACGACUGGAGCGUGUUCCAGAUGACUGCCAGCCAGGCCAAGUUCUUUGUCACUCAAUGGAUUCCCGAGACCCUCUGGCACUCCAAGAAGCAGGAUGAGGAUCAGGUCCGCGACCACUAUGACCGCGGUGAUGAUUUCUAUGCCGCCUUCUUGGGACCCCGUAUGAUCUACACCUCCGGUAUCAUGUCCGACGUCAACAAGAAGGAGACCCUCGAGGAGAUGCAGGACAACAAGCUGAAGCUGGUCUGCGAGAAGGUUCAGCUCAAGAAGGGCGAGCGUCACCUCGACAUUGGAUGCGGCUGGGGCACCCUCACCGCCUAUGCUGCCAAGAACUACGGAACUGACUCGACUGGUAUCACCCUCGGAUUGAACCAGACUGCCUUUGGAAACAACCGCAUCAAGGAGUAUGGUGUCCCCGAGAGCCAGGCCCGCAUCAUGUGCAUGGACUACCGUGAUAUCCCCCGCGAGAAGUGGGACAAGAUCACCUGUCUCGAGAUGGCUGAGCACGUCGGCAUUCGCAAGUUCAACGAGUUCUUGCUCCAGGUCAAGGAUAUGCUCAACGAUGAUGGUCUCUUCUACCUCCAGAUCGCUGGUCUCCGUGCCACCUGGCAAUACGAGGACUUUAUCUGGGGUCUGUUCAUGGCCAAGUACGUCUUCCCCGGUGCCGAUGCCUCGAUGCCUUUAUAUUGGGUUAUCAAGCAGCUCGAGUGCGCCGGUUUUGAGGUCCAGAACGUCGACACCAUCGGAGUCCACUACUCGGCCACGAUCCACCGCUGGUACUUGAACUGGAUGUCGAACCAGGAGUCCAUCACCGCGACCUACGGCAAGAAGUGGUUCCGCACCUGGGAGAUCUUCCUUGCCUGGUCGACUAUCAUCUCUCGCCAGGGCUCUGCCACCUGCUACCAGAUUGUUGCCCACAAGAACUUGAACGCUUUCGAUCGCACUGGACUCCAGGCCAAGAACCGCUUCAGCGUUUAA